GGGACCCCCCGGGCCACCCGCACCGCGACCGCCGCUUCGUUCCGUCACUUCCGCUUCCGCGGAGCCCCGUCUCCAUGGUUACGCAGGGACGCUCUGGCCGCCUCCUCCCCAUCUCGGUGGUCCCCAGGGACUCUGACCGAUCCCGCCCUGUCUCAAUGUUCAUGCGGGGCUGUUCUGUCCAAGCUGGCCCGGCCCCGGUGCUGCUCCGGAGCCGCUCUGGCCCAUCCCGYCCCGUCUCGGUGCUUUCUCGGGGCCGCUCUGGCAGGGCCCGCCCCGUCCGGGUGGUGCCCCGGGGCCGCUCUGUCCAACCCCGCCCCGUCUCUGUGUCCCCUCGGCAGCGAUGGCGGCUCUGGCGGCCCUCGGGGUUCCUCCGGUCCCCAAAAUUUUCGCCACGAUGGAGGAGGGGCCGAUCCCCGGCUGGAUCAACCCGGGAGAGGCGUGGCUGGAAUCCCACGGCCGCAACCUUGGACACUUUGUGGCUGGAACGUGGCUGAAGCCGCCUGGAAGGACAAGCCUGGAGUGCCAUGAGGCUGCCACUGGCCGGAYGGUGGCCGUGCUGCCGGCGGGGGACAGUUCAGACCUGGCUGUGGCCGUGGCGGCGGCGGCAGCGGCAGCUGAGGCCUGGGCCGGGCUGGGGGGGCCCCAGCGAGGGCAGUGCCUGACCCGGCUGUCUGCCACGCUGGAGGGUGACCACAGGGGGACAAUGGGAGCGCUGCUGACCAUGGCCGGUGGGCGACCACUCUGCCGGACCCUCGGAGCCGACCUGGACUUGGGGCUGCGGCUGCUCCGGGCGCCUGCGGUGGGGGCCCAGCUCGGCCCCCCUGGCCUGGAGGGCUGGACCCCCCUAGGGGUGGUGGCCGUGGUCCUGGGGGGUCCCUGCUCGCUGCCAGCGCUGCUCUGGAAACUGGGGCCACUCCUGGCCAUGGGGAACACGGCUCUGGUGCUGUCUCCUCCGGCCRCGGCUCUGCCGCUGCUGCUGCUGGGGGAGCUCAGUGCGGGAGGGGCAGCGCUGCCCUCCGGGGUGCUCAACAUCCUCGUGGGACCCCCGGGGCUGUGCAAGGCCCUGCGUGCCCACCCCGAGGUCACGUCUGUCACCUUCCUUGGAGCCCCCCAGGAGGAGCUGCAGUCCUUGGUUUGGGGGUCCCCGUGCCGGGGGCCACGCCUGGGGGGUUCCUGGGGSGGCCGUGUCGUCGUUAUCGUCCUCGACUCGGCCGACCUGGACAGCGCGGCCGCCGCCAUCGCCACCACUGCCGCCACCCCUCUGCCGCUGUUCCCGUGGGGAGGGUGUGUAGUGCUGGCUCAGGACGUGGUGGUGGCAGCGCUGGAGCAGCGGCUCCGCACCCGGCUCGGGGGGCUGCGGCUUGGGGACCCCUUGGACCCUAAAACAGAGGUGGGGCCGCUGCCCCCUGGGGCUCCCCCACCUGAGGGAGUGGUGMAGGAGGCACGGGAGGAGGGGGCUCAGGUUUUCCAGGCUCCGCUGCCGCCACUGCCAGAGGUGGGAGAUCGUUUCUACCCACCCACACUGAUCUCGGGGGUGGCCCCGACCUCGCGCUGCCUCCGGGAGCUGGCCCCGGGGCCGCUGCUGGUGCUGCUGUCCGUGCGUGGGCCCACUGAGGCCGUGGCCGUAGCCUCAGCGCUGCCCCGAACCGUGGCUGUCUCAGUCUGGGCCCAGGAUAUCACCGUGGCCUUGGACACGGCCAACAGCCCAUUGGUGACCGUGGAUGACCCCGGCGAUUCCGACUUGGCUCAGGCCGUGGCCGCAGCCCGCGGGGCUGCCCCUGGGUGGGGACGGCUGCCGGGGGCCUCGCGGGCCCAGGUGUUGCGGGGGGCGGCGGCAGCGCUGGAGGGRCGACAUGGUACCCUCAAGGACGGCGACAACGGCGACAGCGACGGGAGCCUGCGGAGAACGCUGCUGCGCUGGGCGGCGCACGUGGAGCGUAUGGCGGGGGCCGUGCAGGAGGUGCCCGGUGGGCGGGCCCUUGUGACGCGGCGGCCUCUCGGAGUGGUGGGCGUGGCCUGGGGCUGCCCCCGCCCCCUAACGUUGGAGCUCCUCUUCCCGGCGCUCGCGCUCGGUAACUGCGUCGUGGUGGUGGCGCCCCCUGGCUGCACCGGCCCCGCACAACGGCUACGGCAGGCUCUGGUGGCCGCGGGGCUCCCCGGGGGGGCCUUGACGGUGUUUCCCGGCAAUUCCCGGGGGUCCGGAUCCCGCCUGGCGCGACAGCACCCGGACGGCCUCUGGCUUUGCGGGGCGGACACGGACUGCGACUGGGCCACUGCCGUGAGCGUCCCCCGUGUUUGGGGUGUCCCGGCGGGACUGCUGGGGCAGGACCCCCGCCCCGGCUCCGAGCGCGAACUGGAGCUGCGCUGCACCCGCUCCCACUGCCUUUGGCUGCCGGGGGGUGGUCGCUGAGCCCCCCCGCGGGCCAUCCCCCAAAUCUGCAAGGAUUUCAGACCUCACACUGUGCUCCCAAACCCGCGACCCCCACCCCAAUAAACCGCUCCGAGCCGCAGCCGCUGUCGUGUCUCUGU